CAGGUAACGACAGGCGUCUCACCUGGAUAUCUGAGGACGCCUCACGUACGCUUGCCGACAUCACCAACGCCGACAUAAUUCCUUCGGACAGUCAGAGAGAAGGGGAGACAGACUGACUGACUGCUGUCUACCUGAAGCAGGUUUGUCUCUGAGGUAUCGACCUGUCACCACUAGCUGCUGAGGCCACAGACACGUGCCUCUGCUUCAGACUAUGGCUUCUCGACCUGAACUAGAGGACCAGAAAUCCACAGGAUCCACAGAGAAGCACAAAGAUGAUCAACUCAGUGAGAACUCAGAGACAGAAGAGAAGGCUUUUUCCAUGGCGCCGGCCCAUUCCACUGUGGCCCUGGUAGAGACGGGGUGUGAGGGGGAAGACGACCCGUGGAAUUUACCAGAACUACAGGACGGAGCGGCAGCAUGGUCAGAUCUAGACACCAAGGGUAAGGUGUUGAGGGUGGUGACGUCGGCAGGGAAGGGACUUCUGCUGCUGGGGUUCCUGUACAUGUUCAUCUGUUCACUAGACAUCCUCAGCUCUGCCUUUCAACUGGUUGGAGGUAAAGCAGCAGGUGACAUCUUCACAGAGGGCUCAGUGCUGUCGAACCCUCUGGCUGGUCUGGUCAUAGGAGUACUGGUCACUCUGCUGGUUCAGAGCUCCUCUACCUCCUCUUCUAUAGUGGUCAGCAUGGUCUCCUCUGGACUGUUACAGGUCCAGAUGGCUGUUCCUGUCAUCAUGGGGACCAACAUCGGAACUUCCGUCACCAACACGCUUGUUGCCAUGACGCAGGCUGGCGACCGCAACAUGUUCCGCAGGGCCUUUGCUGGAGCUACGGUUCAUGACUUCUUCAACUGGCUGUCUGUGCUGGUCUUCCUGCCUUUGGAGGUGGCGUCGGGUUACAUGUACGAGCUGACCAAGCUGAUGGUUGACUCCUUCAACAUCCAGGGUGGAGAGAAGACUCCAGAACUCCUCCAUGUCAUCACCGACCCUCUAACAAAGGCAAUCAUCGAGUUGGACAAGUCAGUCAUCAGUGGUAUUGCCACAGGAGACCCGGCUGCCAGGAAUAAGAGUCUCAUCUUAAAAUGGUGCAAAACAUUCACCAAUGUGACCCUGAGGAAUGAGACGGUCCCCGGGCCGGAGAACUGCACCUCCCCAGCCCUCUGUUGGUGUUCCCAGGACCUCUGCUACACUCUGCAUAACAUCUCAGAGACCUACAACAUACAGACAUGUAAUCAUAUCUUUGUGAACGUGGACCUGUCUGACCUGGCGAUAGGCCUGAUCCUGCUGGCUCUGUCUCUCCUGGUGCUGUGUUCCUGUCUCAUCCUCAUCGUCAAGCUGCUCAACUCCAUGCUGAAGGGUCAGGUGGCCGUGGUCAUCAAGAAGGUGCUCAACACAGAUUUCCCGUUCCCCUUCGGCUGGGUGACUGGUUACAUCGCCAUCCUGGUCGGAGCUGGAAUGACCUUCAUCGUCCAGAGUAGUUCUGUCUUCACCUCCGCUAUCACUCCACUCGUUGGUAUUGGUGUGAUCAGCAUCGAGAGGGCGUACCCUCUGUCGCUAGGGGCCAACAUCGGCACGACGACCACGGCUAUACUGGCAGCCAUGGCAGCACCUGGAGACACACUGGCCAACGCUCUGCAGAUCGCUCUGAUUCACUUCGUGUUCAACGUGUCUGGUAUCAUCUUGUGGUAUCCAAUCCCCUUCACCCGUAUCCCCAUCCGAUUGGCUAAGGCCCUGGGUGACAUCACGGCAGAGUAUCGCUGGUUCGCCGGCGUCUACAUCAUUUCCUGCUUCUUUCUCCUGCCCCUCUUCGUCUUCGGCCUAUCGAUGGCCGGCUGGAAGGUGCUGGUUGGUGUGGGCGUUCCCAUAGCGGCCUUGUUGAUCAUCAUCAUUAUAGUGAACGUGUUUCAGGCAAGGCUACCCAGCUGUCUCCCCGCGGUACUGCACUCCUGGGACUUCCUGCCUCUCUGGACCCACUCCUUAGAACCCUGGGACCGCGUGGUCACCGUGGUAGCCGCCAAAUGCUGCUGCUGCAAGUGUUGCCAGACCGGACCGGAGGAGGAGGAGGAGGAGGAGGAGGAGGAGAAAGGAGGAGGGCAUUUCCUGGAGAUGUACGACAACCCUGCCAUGAUGAACGGUGUUGACUGGGGGGAAAAGAGGGAGGACAAAGAGGAUGUCUUGAAAGCAACGCAGCUUUGAUGCGCCGCGACACUUCGUAACCGCAUCGUAUAGGCAUUAUAACCCUGUGAUUAUGGUCUUAUGACUCUUCUAUAACAUGGUUAUAAAGGUGCUAUGUAGGGUUACAAAAUUACAAUAACUAUUCCAAAAUUCCCUGUUGUUUUCCCAGAAAUCUUGGUUAGAGGAUUCCCAGAUUUCCUGGUUAUUUCCUCGUAAUUCCAGGAAUCUUCUAAACAGGAUUUCUGGGAGGGGAAAAAAACAGGACAUUUGGGGGAAGUUACCGUAAUUUUGCAACCCUAGUCCUAUGUCAUGCUUAUGAGAUGUUAAACGGUGUUAUGUCAUAUUCCUAGAUAUCAGUCCGGAGCUACGACCUAGCAGCUCGUAAAAAUGGUCGCAUAUGAACAACGUACUAAUAAUAAUAAUAAUGGAUUGGAUUUAUAUCGCGCCUUCUCUCUACCAACUGAGGGAUUCAAAGCGUUUUACAUAGUAAAGGGUGAAACUCACCUCAUCCACCACCAAUGUGUGGGUGAUGCACCGGCAGCCAUUUUGUGCCAGAACGCAUCAUCACAUCAUUUCACCUCUCCACCGUGCUAGCUGAUUGUGUGGUGAGCGUUCUGGCACAAAAUGGCUGCCGAUUAGGAAUGAGGGGGAUGAUUAGGUGGCCAUGGUGGAAAUGGGUUCCAGGUUGUGAAUUUAGCAGGGACAAACAGGACCUGUAACAGGGACAACAGGACCUGUAACAGGGACAAACAGGAUCUGUCCUUAAGACAAACAGGACCUGUAGCAGGGACAACAGGACCUGUAACAGGGACAACAGGAUCUGUCCUUAAGACAAACAGGACCUGUAACAGGGACAACAGGACCUGUCCUUAAGACAAACAGGACCUGUAACAGGGACAAACAGGACCUGUAACAGGGACAACAGGAUCUGUCCUUAAGACAAACAGGACCUGUAACAGGGACAAACAGGACCUGUAACAGGGACAACAGGACCUGUAACAGGGACAACAGGACCUGUCCUUAAGACAAACAGGACCUGUAACAGAGACAACAGGACCUGUAACAGGGACAAACAGGACCUGUAACAGGGACAACCGGGACAAACAGGAUCUGUCCUUAAGACAAACAGGACCUGUAACAGGGACAAAAGGACCUGUCCUUAAGACAAACAGGACCUGUAACAGGGACAAACAGGACCUGUCCUUAAGACAAACAGGACUUGUAACAGAGACAACAGGACCUAUAACAGGGACAAACAGGACCUGUAACAGAGACAACAGGACCUGUAACAGGGACAAACAGGACCUGUAACGGGGACAACAGGAUCUGUAACAGGGACAACAGGACCUGUAACAGGGACAACAGGACCUGUAACAGGGACAACAGGACCUGUCCUUAAGACAAACAGGACCUGUAACAGAGACAACAGGACCUGUAACAGAGACAACAGGACCUGUAACAGAGACAACAGGACCUAUAAUAGGGACAAACAGGAUCUGUAACAGGGACAAACAGGAUCUGUAACAGGGACAACAGGAUCUGUCCUUAAGACAAACAGGACCUGUAACAGGGACAAACAGGGCCUGUCCUUAAGACAAACAGGACCUGUAACAGGGACAAACAGGACCUGUAACAGGGACAACAGGAUCUGUCCUUAAGACAAACAGGACCUGUAACAGGGACAAACAGGACCUGUAACAGGGACAACAGGACCUGUAACAGGGACAACAGGACCUGUCCUUAAGACAAACAGGACCUGUAACAGAGACAACAGGACCUGUAACAGGGACAAACAGGACCUGUAACAGGGACAACCGGGACAAACAGGAUCUGUCCUUAAGACAAACAGGACCUGUAACAGAGACAACAGGACCUAUAAUAGGGACAAACAGGAUCUGUAACAGGGACAAACAGGAUCUGUAACAGGGACAACAGGAUCUGUCCUUAAGACAAACAGGACCUGUAACAGGGACAAACAGGGCCUGUCCUUAAGACAAACAGGACCUGUAACAGGGACAAACAGGACCUGUAACAGGGACAACAGGAUCUGUCCUUAAGACAAACAGGACCUGUAACAGGGACAAACAGGACCUGUAACAGGGACAACAGGACCUGUAACAGGGACAAAAGGACCUGUCCUUAAGACAAACAGGACCUGUAACAGGGACAAACAGGACCUGUCCUUAAGACAAACAGGACUUGUAACAGAGACAACAGGACCUAUAACAGGGACAAACAGGACCUGUAACAGAGACAACAGGACCUGUAACAGGGACAAACAGGACCUGUAACGGGGACAACAGGAUCUGUAACAGGGACAACAGGACCUGUAACAGGGACAACAGGACCUGUAACAGGGACAACAGGACCUGUCCUUAAGACAAACAGGACCUGUAACAGAGACAACAGGACCUGUAACAGAGACAACAGGACCUGUAACAGAGACAACAGGACCUAUAAUAGGGACAAACAGGAUCUGUAACAGGGACAAACAGGAUCUGUAACAGGGACAACAGGAUCUGUCCUUAAGACAAACAGGACCUGUAACAGGGACAAACAGGGCCUGUCCUUAAGACAAACAGGACCUGUAACAGGGACAAACAGGACCUGUAACAGGGACAACAGGAUCUGUCCUUAAGACAAACAGGACCUGUAACAGGGACAAACAGGACCUGUAACAGGGACAUCAGGACCUGUAACAGGGACAACAGGACCUGUCCUUAAGACAAACAGGACCUGUAACAGAGACAACAGGACCUGUAACAGGGACAAACAGGACCUGUAACAGGGACAACCGGGACAAACAGGAUCUGUCCUUAAGACAAACAGGACCUGUAACAGAGACA